CCUCUCCAAGCUGGCCCCAACAGAUCGAAUAUCCCGAAAAACUAUUUCACCGUUGGAUCAAAAGUUGACGGCUUGAUUUAGAGGCUAAUUACUCCUAUAUAAACCUCUCCAACCUCGCAUUUCUCCAUUGCUGCCCUUGAAGUCUGAGCAGAGAUCUCAAGGUUUCUCUCCCUCUCCGCUCAACGCCACCGUAGCGAUGGCGUCCAUGGCUUUCACCUCGUCGGUAAACCUAGGGUUCCGAUCCCUGCCUAGUUGCAGAACGCGAUCGCCGUCGUUGAAUCUCAAAUCGAAUCGUCAAAGUCAGAGAAGCCACUUGAAGCAGCCAUGCUCGCUUUCCAUUACAAAUCCUUUCGUUGGUAGCUUCACGUCGAAUUCGGCUACCGCGAAGAGUGGUUCGGUUCCGAACCGGAGUGUUUAUGUUAAAGCCACGGCGGUGCCGGCGAAGCCGGCGCAGCCGUGGCAGGGGGCAGCAAUGAAGCCUCUGUUCGCGUCCAUUGCCACUGGAGUUAUCCUGUGGUUGGUUCCGCAGCCCAGUGGGGUCUCUCGGAACGCCUGGCAGUUGUUGUCGAUCUUCUUGGCGACCAUCGUGGGGAUCAUCACUCAGCCGCUGCCGCUGGGGGCGGUGGCGCUCAUGGGCCUCGGUGCUUGCGUCCUUACCAGAACCCUAACUUUCGCGGCCGCCUUCUCGGCCUUUGGCGAUCCGAUCCCGUGGCUGAUCGCGCUCGCCUUCUUCUUCGCUAGGGGGUUUAUCAAGACUGGCCUUGGGAACAGGAUUGCUUAUCAAUUUGUGUCUCUGUUCGGAAGUUCCUCGCUAGGGUUAGGUUACAGUCUAGUGUUCAGCGAAGCCUUGUUGGCGCCGGCAAUACCGUCGGUAUCGGCACGUGCUGGUGGGAUUUUUCUGCCUCUGGUGAAGUCUCUGUGCGUUGCUUGCGGAAGCAAUGCUGGAGACGGGACGGAGAACAAGCUGGGGUCGUGGCUGAUGCUGACUUGCUUUCAAACUUCGGUGAUUUCGUCGGCCAUGUUCUUGACUGCCAUGGCUGCGAAUCCUUUGAGUGCAAAUUUGGCCUUCGGUACCAUUAAUCAAACAAUUGGGUGGAUGGAUUGGGCAAAGGCCGCUAUAGUACCUGGAUUGGUGUCGCUGAUUGUGGUGCCGUUGCUUUUGUAUGUGAUUUACCCACCCUCAGUGAAGAGCAGUCCCGAUGCGCCCAAAUUAGCGAGAGAGAAGUUGGAGAAGAUGGGUCCAAUGUCUCAGAAUGAAAUUAUAAUGGCUGCAACUUUGCUUCUUACGGUUGGGCUCUGGGUAUUUGGAGGAGUGCUGAAUGUGGAUGCUGUUACUGCUGCCAUCCUCGGGUUAUCUGUUCUCCUUAUAACUGGGGUUGUAACAUGGAAGGAAUGCUUAGCUGAAUCAGUUGCCUGGGAUACUCUCACAUGGUUUGCAGCACUCAUUGCAAUGGCUGGUUAUCUCAACAAAUACGGUCUUAUUUCGUGGUUCAGCCAAACUGUUGUCAAGUUUGUUGGAGGACUGGGCCUCUCAUGGCAGCUAUCAUUUGGCAUCCUGGUUCUUCUCUAUUUCUACUCUCACUACUUCUUUGCAAGUGGAGCUGCUCAUAUUGGCGCAAUGUUUACGGCAUUCUUGUCUGUGGCGAGUGCUUUAGGCACCCCACCAUACUUUGCAGCCAUGGUCCUGGCCUUCCUGUCCAACUUGAUGGGUGGCAUCACCCACUACGGCAUUGGUUCAGCACCCGUGUUCUAUGGCGCAAACUACGUUCCCCUCGCCAAAUGGUGGGGCUAUGGAUUCCUUGUCUCGAUAGUCAACAUCAUCAUUUGGCUUGGCGUUGGAGGGGUUUGGUGGAAGGCCAUUGGAUUGUGGUAGAAAAUAGGGGUUGAUUCCAUUUCCAUCAAUUUGACGACCCAAAGCUCAAUGAUGGUGCCAUUUCCUUGCUUUUCCCCACUGCUGUCUUCCCAUUUUUCUUAGAUAGCUUUUCAAUCUUUUUGCCUCAGGACUGUAAUCUUAUAUGUUUAGUGAUUCAUAGCCUUAGAAAAGAGAAUUCGUCGGCAAUGGUGAGGUGGAGCAUGGAAUGGGCCUGGGGGGGUAUACACAGACUAUAUUUAUAGACUGUUGAAAUUUUGGAAUUCAAUUAGAACUGAAAUUUAUGAA